UUUAAUAAUUUUCUCUGGCUUGCCAAAAAAAAAAAAAAAAAAAAAAAAAAGCAAAACCAAAACCAACGCUUGCACACAAUAACAACUGUGACCUUCCCUCCCCUUUCUUCUUCGCAUGUUCUUGGAGCUCCGGCUCCCUUAACGGAGCUGCAGCUCAUUGCCCAUCCAGAAUCUCUGUAUUCUCCGAUUACGGCUCUAAAGAUCUCUUCAUUCCUCGUUUUGCUUUGUCAGAUCGUUUAAUUUAAUUCUCUGAUUUCUUGUUAACCAAUGUCUAAGGCGUGGGGCACCAUCGGCGACUGGGCUGCCGAUGUCGAACGGGAAGAACAGGAAGCCGCGGCUGCAGCAGCUUCCGGCGGAGCGUCCGCCGAGUCUCAGAACUUCCCCAGCCUCAGAGAGGCUGUCAGUGCCAAGCCUAAGAAGAAGAAAAUGUCUCUCAACGAGUUCCACACCUCCUCCGGGGGCUUAGGUGGUGGUCGCGCUCUAGAAUCUAAAGGAUUAACUACUGAUGAGAUGCUUCGUCUUCCUACUGGUCCGAAAGAACGUUCCGCUGAGGAAAUGCAGUAUGGCCGUCUUGGUGGUGGGUUUUCCAAUUAUGGGCGUACAGGUCCACCUCCUGGUCGUACGCGUGACCGCGAUGACAACGAUGGGUCUUGGGGAGGUGGUAGAAGGCAGUAUGGUGGAAUUGAUGAAGAGCGAAGGGGUCCACCCCCUAGGGUUUCAGACUAUGAUCAGCCUUCGCGAGCUGAUGAGGUUGAUAACUGGGCAAUGACGAAAAAACCACUCCAGUCAUUUGAUUCUGGCCACCAAAAUCGUUAUGGUACGCUUGGUGGUGGUGUGGGAGGUGGUUCUAGGGCUGAUGAGGUUGACAAUUGGGGCAGUGCUAAAAGACCACUUACUACUACUAGAUCUUCUACUUUUGGUUCGGGAUUUCGGGAUUCCGGCCGUGAGCCUGAUCGCUGGACAAGAGGAGGAAAUCGUGAGCCAGACCGGGAGAGGCCUAGAUUGGUUUUACAUCCGCCGAAAGCUGAUUUAGAUGCCAAUGAGUCGGUUAAAACAAUUAAGCCAAAUCCAUUUGGGGCAGCUAGGCCAAGAGAAGAGGUGUUGGCGGAGAAGGGGUUGGAUUGGAAAAAGCUUGAUAUAGAGAUAGAAUCUAAGAAGACGAGCUCACACUCAAGCAGACCCACCAGUUCACAUUCGAGCAGGCCUUCAAGUGCUCAUUCAGCCAGGUCAGAGGGGUCAGGAAUGCAGCAGGGAUUAGAGAAUGUGGCAUUGAAGCCAAGACCGAGAGUGAAUCCUUUUGGGGAGGCAAAGCCUAGGGAAGUGUUGUUGGAGGAAAGAGGUCAAGAUUGGCGGAAGAUUGAUCUUGAAUUGGAGCAUCGCAGUGUUGACAGAGCUCAAACAGAGGAGGAGAAGUUGUUGAGAGAAGAAAUAGAGCAUUUAAAGGAGCACCAGAAAGAACUUACAGUCAAAGGUAAUAGGGAAUCGCUGCAAGGGCCCAGUCAAGACCAAUCAAAUGUGCAAGAUAUUAUAUCUCAGAAGGAAAAGGAAUUAGAACAGCUCAUCCGGGACUUGGAUGACAAAGUUCGAUUUGGGCAGAAAGCCACUGACAGGCCAGGUUCUGGGGCAGGCCGGUCUGCUAGUUUUUCUGAGAGACCGCAUUCUCAAUCUGGUUCUUUUGAUGAAUCUAGAAGUACAGAACACAUGGAUAGGCCUCGGUCGCGUGGCAAACCAGAUAUAUGGACAAGACCCGGUGAUGACAGAAGAGCAUUUCAAGGUGGCAGGGAAAGAGGAUUUGUUGGUAGCAGAGACUUUGACAGGCCAAGGUCAAGGGAGAGAUGGUGAUUGACUGAACUGUAGAUUCAUUGAGUUCCUCUCUUCAGCUUUUGAUGACAAGAACCAAAUAAUAUUUUGCCUCAAUCUUUUUCUUUUAAUCAAUUGUUCUCUUGUUUUUGCUCUGGUAAAUGGAGCUAGGAUAAUUGAGUACCUGCACUGGGAACGCUUGGAUUAUUAUAUUGUUGCAUUUUCAAACUAUGUAAAAUUGCAUUUUCCCCCCUUUCUUUGUUCUGUUUUGAAACAAGGCUGUAUUAAUUGGUAGGGACUCAAAAUUUAAAUGAACAAUUGAACACCAUGGACUUGCUAGUUUUUUAUUAUUAUCUUUUUUAUAUGAUCAUCUCGAGGGUUACAGAGUUAUGCUGA